AGAAGGGAUUCCGGUUCCGGGUGUUUUCAUAUCCCACUCGGAGGCGUUCAUACCUCUGAUUAUGGUCUUUUACCAGAAACGUCUUUCGAUUGACGACUGAUUAAAGUAGAGUUCUUUUAAUUAAGAAAGUCCGACUAAAGCCGCAAAUAUGACGACUCGCUCGGAGAGGGAGAAGGCCCAGAAACUGAACGAGCAGCACCAGGCCAUCCUGUCCAAAAUGCUGAGAGAGGAAGACAACAAGUACUGCGCCGACUGCGAGGCGAAAGGUCCAAGAUGGGCAUCCUGGAAUCUGGGAGUAUUUAUUUGCAUCCGAUGUGCUGGCAUCCACAGGAACCUGGGAGUACACAUAUCCAGAGUGAAAUCAGUCAACCUGGACCAAUGGACCUCAGACCAAAUCCAGAGGAUACAGGAGAUGGGUAACACCAAGGCCAGGCAGCUUUAUGAGGCCAACCUUCCAGAUAGCUUCAGAAGACCUCAAACAGACCAAGCAGUGGAAUUCUUCAUCAGGGAUAAAUAUGAGAAGAAGAAAUACUACAGCAAGAAUGUGACCAAUGGGAGCAGUCCAAAAGCUAGUAAGAAAGAGAAGGAGCCAGACAGAGGGAGCAAGGUGUCAUCCUACACCAAGAGUGAAGAGCCCAGGCCAGUUCCCAAAAUCAGUCCUUCUAAGACUUCAGAACCAUCUGUGAACCUACUAGGCCUUGACGCACCAGCAGCUGCAUCAGCUAACAAUGGUAGCACGAGCACAAGCCAGAACAACAAUGACCUGGAUAUAUUCGGCCCCAUGGUAUCCAACCCCCUCCCCGCGUCCACGUCCGCAGCUCAGUUUUCUCAGGUGAGCUCCAGUAUCGCGGCCAGCACUCCGACACAAGCUCCAGCAGCAGGAGUCGGAGCCAGCUCAGGGUCAGGGCAGGGAGACCUCGACCUGUUCAGUGACAGCAGUAGCACCACUAAAACCGACGACAUGGCCAAGAAGCCCCUGUCCAAGGACUCCAUCCUGUCCCUCUAUGGAACCAACAGCAUGGCCCACCAGCCGCCCGCCGCUGGCAUGUUCAUGGGUCCUUCUCAGAUGCAGUUUCCUGUCCAGGCCCCUGCUGGUUAUCAGGCCUUCCCUGGCAUGGGCACGCCCAUGCCACCUACAACCGUCAUGGGUGCCAUGAUGGCUCAGAGCGGGGCAGCCAUGAUGGGGCCCAAUCCAGGCAUGAUGGUCGGGAUGACGAUGCCCAACGGCUUCAUGGGAAAUGCGCCCGCCACUGGUGUGAUGGGCAUGGCCCCGAGAAUGAUGGGACCGCAGGGUGGAGCGAUGCCCGCAGGCAUGGUCCCUGCUCAGGGCAUGUACACCAUCCAGCCUGGGCAGCAGGCUCAGUGGAACAUGGGUCAGAUGAACCAGCAGAUGUCAGGGUUGACUCUGAAUGGUGCAGGUGCCCAGAUGGCCUUUGGUCAGGCUCCGUCAGCUAUGGGUGGUUGGGCCGCAGCUGGAUCUGGCCAGACUCUGAGCACACAGCUAUGGAAGUGAGUCUUUGAGCAGGUCGAUGGUCGGGCAGAGUAAGAGUCGAGGUUACAGAAAGUGCAAAAAUAUAUCUUGUGCUUCUCUGUUCUUCACUAUGAACUGAUGCCCAUUUCCAUCACAGACCAGCCAUCGGAACAUGAAAAUUGUAUCUCUCUCCUUUUUUUUUUCCUCCUUCUCCCUUUCUCUGUCUCUCUUUCUCUCUAUUGUGUGAGUGAAUUGGGAGUCACGCAGGAUUACAGCCUGGCAGUUUCUGCCUGUCGAAUGGUUUUUGAUCAUAACUUUUAUUUUCCUUUUUUGGAAAAAGUUACAAGGAAAUAACAGUCCCAACAAAAAUGAUAUCGACAUAUCAGAAAAGCUGCAGGACCAGUUACACAAGCUUUUAUUGUAUCACUGUAUCAUUAUAAGAUUAUAGAACAUUUAAAUGAAUCGUAUUUAAAGGGAGAAGAUAUGACUAUCAAGUCUGUCAGUACUGCUCCCAUAUGUACAGCGCUGUAUAACCUUCUUUUAAAGUACUUGUGGUUCCCCUAUAAAAUAAAAGUGAUAAUAAAUAAUUUGCUUUGAUGUGAUGAUUCAAGUGUUAUAUUCCUUAAAGGCUCAAAACUAGAAAAAAUUUUGCUAGAGAUUCGUUUAAACUGUUCAAAGGCCAUUAACAGUUGUCAGUAAGUUUAACAACAGUUUUCGGGUUGUCCGUCAGUCCAUCCCUUUCUCUUGAACCUGAUCUCUCAGGAACACCAAAGUUCAAAGGUCAAGUUUACUGUGACCUGCCAAAACACGUUUUGGGCCAUAGGUUAAGAAUUUAUACACUAAUUAUGACAAAAUUUCAAAUGAUCAAUUGACAUUUAAAACUCACUGUCCUCACUGCAGUUUGAGACCUACU